AUGCGAGGACGCCGGGCGCUCCCAGGACCAGGCUCUGAGGGCACCCGGGCUGGCGGCUCCUGGGGAGCAGCUCGUAUCUGGAGCGUGAGAAUUGGCCGCCGCGCCAGCCCGGCCGCGGGCAACGAGGCCGACGGGGAAGACCCACCACCCGAAAACCCCUGCGAGCUCCUCCGGAUCUCCAUCCCCUCCUGGAUUUGGGAGAACGGGAGCCAACUACACGAGGAGCAGGGGCUGGAAAAGCCAGUGGGUGCCUUUAACCGGUUCCUGGACGUGCGGAGAAGGCUCAAGGCCAAGCCUGCCGGCUCCCUCGCUCGCCCUGUCCCCGCGUGCCCCGCGCGGGGCCGAGCGGCUAAGGGCCGACGCGGGGGCACAUCUGGCUGGGCAGAUGUGGCCGGCCCGGGGGUCCCUUGCAGCCCCUUGUGCAUCUCGGAUGCCUUCGCUGCUGCCUCUCGGCCUGCCCCGCUCCAGCGUGUCCCAGCUCCGCUGCGCUCCCUUGAGGGAGUCGGAGGAUGUGGCAGUGUCCUCAUGGUCCCCAAUGGGGACAACCUUGCAAGCCCCAUGCACCCCUUGCUGCGCAUCGGCAGCAUCACCCUGCUGCAGCCGCCCGCCGGCCAGCUCCUGCAGGAGCACCGCCUGGACGGCAACGUCUUCAUCCGCCUGCCCGACAAGCCCCUCAAGCCCGGGGAAGUGCUCAGCAUCUUCCUCUACCUCAUGGCCAACUCCACGGUGGAGCACUUCACGCUCAGGGUGAAGGCCAAGAAGGGUGUCAACCUGCUCACCACCAAGUCGAGGAGCCUGCAGUGGCUGGUGACCUCAGAGCUGCUCACGGGCGGCAAGCACUCCACGGCCACCGUGGAUGUGUCCCGCGUGGACGGCGCUGGGCCCAGGGAUGGGGACUCCUCUGCUGAGAUAAUGCAGCUGGACUUCGAGAUGGAGAACUUCACCAGCCAGUCGGUGACGCGCCGCAUCAUGUGGCACAUUGACUACCGGGGCCGCAACCCGCCACCCGACCUGGAGAAGGUGGUGACAGAGCUGACCGUCAUCCAGAGGGACAUCCGGGCCAUCGUACCCCUGGCCAUGGACACAGAAAUCAUCAACACAGCCAUCCUGACAGGCCGGACGGUGGCCAUUCCCGUGAAGGUCAUUGCGAUUGAGCUGAGUGGGGUCAUCGUGGAUGUCUCAGCUAUGGUCGAGUGCAAGUCCAACAACGAAGACAUCAUCAAG